AUGGCCCAUCGUGAUGAACUCAGCGCCGGUGCAAAGCACAAAUUAAUACAAGCAGCUGCGAGGGAAAAGAACCCACUUGAAAAACUGACAUAUGAUAGCUACAAAUCUAAUGCAGGCGAGGAGUUUAAACUAUAUUGCCGCACCAAAGGCGACAUGGAUGAUAAGACUCUGAAAUGGGCAUUCAAAUUGGCUGAGCAGAAUGUUGGUCCUUUUUACAAGGCAUUAAAAAUGGGCUGGAAGCCGAAAAUAAAACAAUCGGAGCUAAACAAGAAUUGGGCACGCUACUUAGUUGCUCUGAACCAACAAAAACAACCUGUGGCCUAUACAAUGUUUCGCUUCGACAUGGAUGAUGGCGACUGCGUGCUCUAUUGCUAUGAGAUACAAAUAUCUCCAGACUAUCGAAGAAAAGGUCUCGGAAAAUUCAUGAUGCAAACUCUUGAAGCUUGCGCCCGCCAUUGGAGUCUAGAAAAAGUAAUGCUCACCGUAUUAAAUAAUAAUGAUAAUUCGCAAAAGUUCUUUAAAAGCAUCGGUUAUAUUACGGAUGGAACUUCGCCAGAUGUGAUGAAACUGGAGGAGUAUCAAAUAUUAAGUAAGUCCACAUUGGGCUAAUUAUUUCAUUUCCAAAUAAACAGGCAUUAAGAUACAAA